AAAAUCCCAAAUGCAGCCUGACCCGGCCCAUAAUAUUCAUUUCAUUCAAACGACGUCGUUCCUCCAUUACUAAACCCCAAAACCCUUUUGAAAACUCCAUUUUCCACUUCUCCAUUUCUCCAUUUUCCCUCUUUCUUCAAUGGCUUCAUUUGCUUUUCGAAGCUCAAAUUCGAAGCGAUUACUUACAUUUUCACCUCAAUUAUACUCUUCUUCUUCUUCUUCUUCUUCUUCUUCUUCAUGCUGUAGAGGAUCAGUAUCCGGUCACAUUUCGCACUCCGAAGCCUUAAAUGCAAAUGAUGCGUUUCGAUCAAAUGCAAUUUUUAAUCACUCGUUAUGGCGAUCCAUGGCUACCUUCACUCGGACAAAACCUCAUGUUAACGUGGGAACUAUUGGUCAUGUUGAUCAUGGAAAGACUACUCUAACAGCUGCUAUUACAAAGGUCCUAGCAGAAGAAGGAAAGGCAAAGGCUAUUGCUUUUGAUGAAAUUGAUAAAGCCCCUGAAGAGAAAAAGAGAGGAAUUACCAUCGCUACAGCCCAUGUGGAGUACGAGACAGUUAAAAGACACUAUGCUCAUGUUGAUUGCCCAGGGCACGCUGAUUAUGUUAAAAAUAUGAUUACUGGAGCUGCCCAAAUGGAUGGUGGUAUUCUAGUCGUAUCUGCUCCUGAUGGACCCAUGCCACAAACAAAGGAGCAUAUUCUGCUUGCACGCCAGGUAGGUGUACCAUCACUUGUGUGCUUUCUAAACAAGGUUGACUCUGUUGAUGAUCCAGAGCUCCUGGAACUUGUGGAGAUGGAACUUCGAGAGCUGCUUAGUUUCUACAAAUUUCCUGGGGAUGACAUCCCUAUCGUUCGUGGUUCAGCUCUGUCUGCAUUACAGAGUACAAAUGAAGAAAUUGGAAAAAAAGCUAUUCUGAAGUUGAUGGAGGCUGUAGAUGAAUAUAUCCCUGAUCCAGUGCGUCAGCUUGAUAAACCAUUCUUAAUGCCAAUAGAAGAUGUAUUCUCAAUUCAGGGACGUGGAACUGUUGCUACUGGGCGUGUUGAACAAGGAACCAUAAAAGUUGGAGAAGAUGUGGAGAUUUUGGGGCUGAUGCAGGGCACUUUAAAAUCUACAGUUACUGGCGUUGAAAUGUUCAAGAAGAGCUUGGAUCAUGGACAAGCUGGUGAUAAUGUUGGCCUUCUUCUUCGUGGCUUGAAACGAGACGACAUUAUGCGAGGAAUGGUGAUUGCAAAGCCUGGAAGUGUGAAAACAUGCAAGAGAUUUGAAGCAGAGAUAUAUGUACUUACGAAGGAUGAAGGUGGUCGGCACACUGCCUUCUUCUCAAAUUAUAUGCCUCAGUUUUACAUGAGGACUGCUGACAUCACCGGCAAAGUGGAGUUGCCGGAAAACGUCAAGAUGGUUAUGCCUGGAGAUAAUGUUACUGCUACUUUUGAACUGAUGUCUCCAGUUCCCCUUGAUGCAGGGCAACGAUUUGCUUUGAGAGAAGGUGGAAGAACAGUCGGCGCUGGAGUUGUUUCGAAAGUAAUAAGCUGAGGGUGGUUCAUUAUUUAGGUUUUUUUUAGGUUCAUGUUGUCGCACUCGUGUCAGACCCUUCAAAAAUGCACUACUUUUGAAGGAUCCGGCACGUACUCGAUGGCAUUUUUGAAGAGUUCGAGCAACAUAGGUUUUCAUUUGAUGCAGAUCCAAGUCUUGUCAAUUGAAUAUAUCUCUUAGGUUAUCAGAUUAAUACCAAUUUUUGUGCCCAUAAAUCAGAUUUUUUGGUAUUAAUAAUAAUAUAUAUGCCCUUUUGCAUUCA